UAAAAACUGCAGAGGAACAUGCGUUUGAUUCCCCACCUAAAGUUAAAAAACCUGCCUUGAAAACGUGGGUAAAAGACAAACUACAAGAGAAGGGGCUUUUGUUAGAAAUUGAACCGACUGGUGCUGAUGGGGCUAUAGCGCAGUCAACGCCCAUAAAGAUCGAUUCUUCACCACACAAGUCAAAUAGUGCAGAGCUGACGUUUGAGCAACAGAAAGAGUUUUUGGAAAUGGAGAUGGAACAUAGGCGCUUAGAGGCACUGGAACGGGAAAAGGAAAGACAAUUAGAGUAUGAGAAACUGAAACAUGAAAAUCAGAAACUUGAACAUGCAAAGGUCAUGGCGGAAAGGUCGAACAAUGCGUCAAAUAGCGAGACAGGAGAUAUAAACUUGUCUCAAAGUGUUAAGUUGUUGCCCAAGUUCAAUGAAAGAGACCCCGAUAUUUUCUUUUCAUUGUUUGAAAAUGUUGCUGAUCAGCGGGGCUGGACGGACUCGGAGCGAACGUUGUUGUUGCAGAGCAUUUUUACUGGAAAAGCCCAAGAGGCAUUCGUAGCUCUUUCUGCCACUGAUCGAAAAAUAUACACUAAGGUUAAAGAGGCAGUGUUGCGUGCGUUUGAAUGGGUACCUGAGGCGUACAGGUCCAGGUUCAGAAAUUGGAGAAAAGGUGAACUACAAACACACACGGAAUUAGUGCGGGAACUUAGUAGUUUCUUUAACAGAUGGCUGGCAGCUGAAAACAUCAAAACGUUUGAGCAAUUAAGUGAACUGAUGGUGCUGGAACAAUUUAAAAACAUUGUACCCGAACGAGUGGCUACAUACAUUAACGAACAGAAGCCAAAAACUGCUGCAGAGGCGGCUACACUCGCUGAUGAGUUUGCGUUAAUUCACAAGAGAAGACAAACCGAGUAUGGACAGCGUUAUGAUAAUGGGUCAACUCGUUAUCAGCGUGGCAGCCCUCCUGUAUUCAGGAGGAAUCAGCCAGCUCGAAGUGGGAACUCUGAAACCCAGUGUCACAAUUGCUUCGAAUUUGGUCACUGGAAAAAUGAAUGUCCUAAACCUAAAGUGUGGCGUGACAAUAAGAACCAAAAUCGAACCUCUGCCCCAAAACCCGUGUUGUGUGCUGCACCUGUUACUCCUGCAGUCUCUCAUGUAGUUAACCUCGCUGUUCCCUUUUGCCAUGGUGUCUCUACAGAUGCUGUAUCUACACUUGCUGAUGCGCUAUCCUCGGCUGACGGCGACUCGGGUGAGAAACAGAGCCCCAAGAAUGGGCCUCUGUUUUAAGGGGGAAGGUGUGACGGACUGGGUAGUCCUGGGACAGCUCCGCCCUCUGUCAGCUGUACCUGCUCGAUGCAUUUGGCUGUGCUCAGCAUCUGAUGGAGCGCAGGUGCGCGUCCUGAUGAGACAGAAUACAAAACUGUGCUACACUGGCAUGGCGGGGCCUCCCCCUUCCUUUCCUUUGGCGGUUUGGGUUUGGGUUUUUGGUUUGGUCACCCCUAGACAUUUUUGCAUACACUCACACGAUUACUGA